UUCAUCAGUUCUGUUCUGGUUCAGUUGGAGAGCGCCGUUGAAGAGGAUUUUCUUUGUGAUUGAAUAGAGAGAAAAGAUGUCGGGACGCGGAAAGGGUGGAAAGGGGCUGGGCAAAGGAGGUGCAAAGAGGCACAGGAAGGUCCUGCGAGAUAACAUUCAGGGUAUUACCAAGCCUGCCAUUCGCAGACUUGCAAGGAGAGGAGGCGUCAAGCGUAUUAGUGGCCUCAUUUAUGAAGAAACCAGGGGAGUUCUCAAGAUAUUUCUUGAGAAUGUUAUCAGAGACGCCGUCACAUACACUGAGCAUGCUCGCAGGAAGACUGUCACAGCUAUGGAUGUCGUUUAUGCUUUGAAAAGGCAGGGCAGGACUCUCUAUGGCUUCGGUGGCUAGAAUUCUUGAUCCCCUUGUUCUAAUUCUAUGGUGUCUUUUGACACCACCGUUUAUUGGAAGUUUUUAGGCUCUGCUGUAGCCAGUAGCUUUGUGUUUUUGUAGCUUUUAUUUCCAGCCUAUUAGGGUUUGUGGUUGGGGAUUUUAAUGUUGGGGCCAUGUGUUUUGUAAUUUGUUAAUACUGCAAUUUGGAAAGUGUUCUCUGGUAAAGACUUUUAAUCUGAUAUGGUAUAAGAGAAUGAUUUGGUAUUAACAGGUUGGAUUUCGUUUUGUGAGCAGCCUGUUACAAUACAGACCAUUGCAGUUUGAUGUUUAAGAGGUAUAUUUGAUUUGGAAUUGUAGAUCUACUUGGCUUUGAGGUCUCAUUUGUGGAUUCUUGUAAUCUGAUUAAUUUAGGGAUUGAAUCAUCUUUUGGUUAGCCAUUGUA